AUGCCGGUUAUCUGCAUUUCUCUCUGCACGAGCUGUCACGCUGACAGCUCACUGAUGAUCAGUGUGCCCUGAUGAUCUGUGUAGCCCCAGCAGCGCCACCUGUCAGUGUCCAUCAGUGCCAGCUCUUAGUGCUCAUCCAUGCCACCUGCCAGUGCCCAUCAGUGCUACAUCAGUGCCCAUCUGAGCUGCCUUUCAGUGUCACCCAUCAGUUCUGCCAAUCAGUGGCACCUAUCAGUGCCAGUCAGUGCCACCUGUCAGUGCUGCCUAUCAGUGUGCAUCAGUGCCCGUGCUGCCUAUCAGUGCCGCCUAACAGU